UUUGAUUUGAUUUCGACGAAUGCGGUGACGGACACCGAGAUCUGCGAUGAGCCCCUGGUGACCGAUCAACUCCCUCUGAAUGUGUUCAACAACUAUUUCAGUCUCGGAGCAGAUGCUCAUGUGGCCCUGGAAUUUCAUGAGAGCAGAGAGGCAAAUCCAGAGAAAUUCAACAGUCGGUUUUGGAACAAAAUGUUUUAUGCAGGUGCAGGAGGUAGGGACAUGCUGAGGAGAAGUUGGAAGGGCCUGGCUGACCACAUACAAUUGAUUUGUGAUGGUCAAGACCUUACCACCAAAGUCCAGGAAAUGAAACUCCAUUGUUUGUUAUUUCUAAACAUUCCAAGGUAUGCAAGUGGAACGUUACCCUGGGGUAAUCCUAACACCCCCGGAUUUGAACCUCAGCGUCAUGACGACGGGUAUCUGGAGGUGAUUGGUUUCACCUACUCCUCUCUGGCAACCUUAUACAUGGGGGGUCAUGGGGAGAGGCUGAUACAGUGCAGUGAAAUCAAACUGAAAACCCUCAAGGCUAUCCCCAUGCAGUUGGACGGUGAGCCGUGCAGGCUCCGACCCUCCACCAUUGUGAUUACGGCUCGUAACCAAGCCAACAUGAUCGCCAAACCAAAGAGGAGGGGCUCCGUCCCCAUAGCCAAUGAUCCCCCCUCCAUGCCCGAACGACUCCGAAUACAGGUCAGCCGUAUCAGUAUGGCCGACUACGAACAACUAAAUUACGACAAAGACCGCCUCCGGGGAGCGUCCAUUCCUCUAGGUCUCAUUGUAGUUGAUAAUAAUGCCGACUUGGAUCAAGUUCGGCAAAUUAUCAACAAACUUCAGCAGGGAAACAACGAAUUAAACUCUUCUUCUCAACCACUUUCUUCAAAAUGGUGCUUCUUAGAUUCUACAACGGCUGAAAGGUUUUUUCGCAUUGAUAAAGCACAGGAGCAUUUGCACUACAUCACGGACAUUUCUUCGGAAGACCUGUACAUCCUGGAUCCAGACAUGGCCAGUACUCAGCAUCAACAUUCCAUCGGAAACGGGGAGGUGGCCAAAGCGGGCCAAGACAAAGGGCUGGUCUUCACAUUUACCAUGCCCGACACCCCACCAAAGUCCCCAGGUAUAUCGGACACAAAACACAACAACAAUGAGGAAAAGCACUCGUCCCUACCAGUGCCAAAGUCUCCAGGGGAGAAUAGGAUCAUUCUACCUCGGCCGGAGAGUAAGGAAAAUUUACUCAACCCACCCUCCCCCGGCUCCAAUAACAGCUCUGAGCCUGGGACACCUAAUUCUCCGUACGAGUACGAUUCAAAACAGUACCAGUUUAUGUCUGUAGCCAACGCAACAGCAGCUGGAAAAGCCAAAAAACUCACUCCUGCAGACAAAGGUUUGAUUGAUGCAUCAAAAAGGGGAGAUUUGACCAAGCUGGUGGAGCUAUUCUGUAACCAAGAUGCUGAUCUCCUAGCAACGGAUCAGUAUGGCAUGACCUCUCUUCAUCAUGCUGCACGGUUUGGGCACAAGGGCAUUGUCAAGUAUCUCAUAGAGAAUGCCCCACCAGUCAUCUUAGAUAUGGUGGAUUAUGAAAAAGGACAGACAGCCCUCCAUAAGGCGGCUUGUUACAUGUUAGUGGAGGCGGGGGCCUCACUAACGAGGACUGAUUAUCAGGGAAACACGCCUCGGCUACAGGCUCUGAGGGCCGAGGACAAAGAGUUAGCCGCUUAUUUAGAAAGUCAGGAGCAUUUUCAAUUGGUUGUGUCGGAGGACCAGGAAACAGCUGUUUGACCGUUUACAAGCUGUUACUAGUGUGGCCAACAUAUUGUGAUAAAAAACAGUCGAUGAUGAACUCUCAAUGUUUGGUCCAAAAUUGUGAUAUUUCUGACAACUUUCCACUUUUUCCAUUUUUUUCCUCCUUUGUGUUGUUUGUAUUCAAGCCAGAAACAAUGUGUAGUGAGUUUACAGAAACAAUGUGUAGUGAGUUUAUCGAAAUGAAAUUUUGUAAGAUGCAAGAAAGUAUUUUUUCUCUAUCAUUCUUAUGUAUACUUUUCAUAGUUUUUUCCCUUGGGAUUUUUUUGUCUGGUUCCCAUACCAGUUGACUGUGAUAUAUUCGCUGUAUAAAAUGUCAUUUUCACUUGGUGUCAUUUUGCGAUACUAAUGACAUGAUGUUUGAAAUAUUUUGAAUAAUUUUGUAAUUUAAAAUUUGGCAUAUUUUUUGAAAUCUACUCAUCAUUGUAGUAGUUAAAAGAAAAACCUGUUGUUGUUUUUUCUUUACUUGUAUGUAGUUCUUUUUUUUCCUUCUAAAAAAUGUACAUUAAGAUAAAUAUUUGAGGAAGUUUUUUGCAGGAGAACAAAAGUCUGUGCUUUUUUCCUACUAAACUGAUCUCCUCUGUUUUUGCACUGAAUUAUGUGGAGCAGAAGAGAAGUUUCAGUGGUAUGUUCAUUACUACACAUAUCUUUUGUUUUUGUUUUUUGAUUGAAAAAGAACUUUUUUUUUAUUCAAUGGAUGAAUAUUAGAGAAUACAAUUUCUGAGCAAGCUGGGUUUUUCUUGCUAAUCAAGCAGUGCUUGAAGUUAGGUCUUUGUGAUCAUUUGAAUCAACCAUAUCAUGCGUGGGUAUAAAUAUAUUUUACUACCAUUUUGAAUGAAAAUGAUAUCUGUUCAAUAUGUUGUUAUGUUUGUUGUUCUUAUUCAAAGUUGUUAUAGCUUAAUCCGAAAAAAACACCACAGAAAAUCUUCCAUUUUUCCCUAUUUGAAUGAUAUUGCUUAAUUCUUGCACAUUUUUGCAUAUUUAAAUGGUGUAAAUUGAUGUUGAGUGUAUCAUAAGCAUCUUUAUAUUUUAAUGUGUAUCUACUCGAAACAACAGAUUUUUUUCUUCAUUUUUUAAACUGUUUAAAAGCAAUUUGUCAUUGAAAGCUGGAUCAGAUUUUUGGUUUUUUGUGUUUAUUUGUACAUUGUUUAAUUUCUUAUUAAUAGUUUUAUUUAAGUACAUGCAAUACACCUUUUGUAGUAAAAUGGUUCAUUUUGUACUCAUUUUAUGCAUAUAGUUUAUUUUGGAGACGGUCCCAUUCCAAAGCAAACUAUUGUAUACCACAGCAUUAUGAAGUCAUAUAGUUGAUAAGUUACUAGUAUCUAUUACAUUCCCUAUGCAAAGUUGUGUUUAUUUGACAUAAUUUGUUUCAAUGAUAUUUUGCAAAGCAUAUUUUUGAAAUAAAUGUCUGCAGACACUGCGUGAC